AUGCAACUCAUUAGACGACAGGCGUUAGAGCUUGGCCGAAAUUUUACGGCAAAUGCCUGCGAGUCGUGUAAAGCAUUCUUCCGACGAGUGGUUCGUCUCAAUAAACAAUAUGAAUUCAUACGAAGUAUUGAAGACAACAAAUUUAGACGACAAUUGAUUGAAGAAAAUAGGGCUAAAAGAAGAGAGAAAUGUGAAGAAAGUGCGGAUAGUGUGGACUCUUCACCGGUAUCUGACGGGUCGACCAUACCUUCCCCUCAAACUCAUGAUACCAAUGGAUUCCUGAAUGACUUAAUUAAAAAUACAGUUAAUAUCAGCGACGAAGAGAUUAAUAAUCAGAUAACAGAGAUAGAGAGUAGUGUAAUGUCUGAGACAAGUAGUGUCACUGAAGUUGCAGCUCCAGAUCCUCAACUAGUGAUCGCACCGGUAUUCCCAGUGAUUAGCAAUUAUCACUCGUGGAACCAAUUGGAGUCAAUCCGUAUAACAGAACUGUUGAUUGCGUCCAAAAUUAUUGAAAUCCAUAUCACUGAAAAUGUGCAUAAAAUCUAUACAUUUAAACAACUGAUAUGCGAAUGUCAGCAACAAAUGGAAGACAAUAUUAAAGAUAUCGUGAGUUUCACCAAAAGUCUCAAUGGAUUCAAAAGUUUCUGUUCCGACGAUCAGUGGACUCUCGCUAAGAAUGGAUGCAUUGAAAUGAUUUUAAUUAGACAAGUGUUGAGUUAUAAUGACGAGGGUCAGAAUUUUACAAUAAGUGGGUUAACAGCAAUCAUACUUUACAACCCAAAUCGACCCAAUCUCAAACAUAAAAAUUAUGUUAAACUGGAGCAACAAUUAUUUUGUUUGGUAUGCGGCGAUAAGGCUCUUGCAAUUAAUAUGCCCAUCAAAUGGCAAUUGUGUGAUCACCGCAAAGACUAG